CGCAAAAAAAAAAAAAAAAGAAAAGGAAAAAAAGAAAGAGGGAAGAAGAUUGAAGAAAGAAAAAAAAAAAGGCAAGAGAUGCGGUGCAGCGGCUUGAGUUUGAGUCCAAUACAAAUCGCAGGAGGUGGAAUUGGAAGCGGAAGCGGAAGCGGAAGCGAGUCUCGCUUCUGCUACCUCCCAACAACUAAAUCAACAAAGUCAUCACCACUUCCUCCUCCACUACUCAUAAAGUGGUCUUUGAGAGCCUCCGCCUCAGCCUCCAUGAACGAUGGGUUAGUGACGGAAGAGGGUUCUUCGGCCAGCCUGAGCUUCUACGAACUCCUUGGCAUACCCGAAUCCGGAUCCUUGUUCGACAUCAAGCAGGCCUACAAGCAACUCGCCCGAAAGUACCACCCGGAUGUCUCUCCCCCGGGUCGGGUCGAAGAGUACACCAAACGGUUUAUCCGGGUUCAGGAGGCCUACGAGACCUUGUCUGAUCCUACAACGAGAGCUCUCUACGAUACACAUAUGGCCAAAGGUCUCCAUUUUGCUUUCUCUGCUACUCGAAGACGCCACCAUCACCAGGGAAUGGAAGAAAAAGGUGAUUGGAAGAACCGUUGGCAAGCUCAGUUAUCAGAGCUAAAGAAAAGAAGCAUGAGCAAGGAUGCUAGAGGGGAUUUGUCUUGGGGAGCUCGAAUGCGCAGGCGAAGGGAUGAAAUGAAGUAGUAAUAAGCAAGUAUACCAUAAAUAGUGGUUUGUAGGUCAUGAAAGAGUUUCCCUCCUAAUCUUUGUCCGAGUUUGAUAUUAUGGGGAUAAGGCUUGGGUCCAGUACAUGGAAGCAAUGAAGCCAGCCAAUCCUUUCUUCCAUUUAUGAUGACAGAUUGCAAAUAUGAUUUCUGACUCCCUAUUUUCCUUAUGUGGUCUUUGUACGUGGCUGUGGUCCUGCUAAUGGAUAUGGCUAGAUUUAUCAGUUGUCAAAUAAAUUAUUUGACGGCCAGAAUUUUCCUUCAAAAAUCCCCUUCAACCAACUUGGUGGCUGGUGCCAACUAAAAUGACUAUAUAUAUAAAAUUUAAGAGGAAUGCUACAAACACAAACUUUUUUUAUUACAUUUUUACAAAUUGUUGAUGUAGUAACUUCUUAUUGGUUAUUGGUUUUUAUAUGGGUCUGCUACUAACAUUAUUUUUUUUA